UGGUUGCGCUGUGCGGAGUGUGGAGGAUUCGAAUGCUGUGUUAAUAAAAAGAAGCAACAUUGUAGCGGUGCGGGCUGCUGGUGGAUACUUUCCCUGUCGAUACUCUGGGCCAGCAUGGCGGAGGAGAGAGCUCAGCUGACGGCAAAGCGUCUCUGUUCCAGGCCCUUCCCCGCUUCCAGAUCGUCCCAGAAACCCGCACCGACUGGGAGAACACACCAGCCGGAGUCUCUCCUGGAUGCCAGCGCUAAAAUGGUGGCGGAGAAGUGGCCCUUUCAGCAAGUAGAGGAACGUUUCUCCCGCAUCCCCGAGCCCGUCCAGAGACGAAUUGUUUACUGGUCUUUCCCCAGGAACGAGAGGGAGAUCUGCAUGUACUCGUCUUUUAACUACUACUCUCCCGAGGAGACGGCAGCCGCCGCCGCGGCAGGAGGUGCAGCCGUGCCCGGGGACGAUGAGAAUCGCCUCCCGUUUAGGAGAGGCAUUAAACUGCUGGAGAGCGGUUGUGUGGAAAAUGUUCUUCAAGUAGGGUUUCAUCUGAGUGGAACUGUGACUGAACCUGGUACCCAGUCGGAACCUGAAAUGACCUACAGAGUAGCCAUCAGUUUUGACCGCUGCAAAAUCACUUCUGUGACGUGUGGUUGUGGCAACAAGGAUAUUUUUUACUGCGCCCAUGUCGUGGCACUUUCCCUAUACAGGAUAAGAAAGGCUGACCAGGUCAAACUGCGUCUUCCCAUCUCUGAGACACUUUUUCAAAUGAACAGAGACCAGCUUCAGAAAUUUAUACAGUACUUAAUCACAGCUCACCACACAGAAGUACUUCCCACAGCACAGAAAUUGGCUGAUGAAAUUCUAUCGUCCAAUUCGGAGAUCAACCAAGUACAUGGUGCUCCUGAUCCAACAGCUGGUGCCAGCAUUGAUGAUGAGAACUGCUGGCAUCUAGAUGAGGAACAAGUCCGAGAGCAAGUAAAGCAGUUCCUAUCGCAGGGAGGAUACUAUGGGUCUGGCAAGCAGUUGAACUCUAUGUUUGCUAAGGUACGAGAAAUGCUGAAGAUGAGGGAUUCAAAUGGUGCUAGGAUGUUGACAUUGAUAACUGAACAGUUUAUGGCUGAUCCACGACUUUCCCUCUGGAGGCAGCAAGGCACGGGCAUGACAGACAAGUGCCGACAGCUUUGGGAUGAGUUGGGUGCACUGUGGGUGUGCAUUGUAUUGAAUCCUCACUGUAAACCAGACGAGAAAGUCUCCUGGCUCCGACAGCUGAAAAAAUGGAAUGACAUGGAUGUCUGUCCACUAGAAGAUGGAAACUACGGCAACGAGUUACCCAAUAUCACCAAUGCCCUUCCUCAGAGCUCCAAUCAAAAUCAAGAGUCUUUAGCAAGGCCACGAAGGACCAUAUUCACACGUGCUGUGGAGGCUUGUGAUCUACACUGGCAGGACAGUCACCUUCAGCGUAUUAUCAGCAGCGAUUUUUAUGUGUCACCCUCUUACCAGAGAGAGAGUGAAAGCCUCCUUUUCAACACCCAUGGGCAGCCUCUGUGGUUAGAACAUGUUCCCACUGCAUGUGCGAGGGUGGAUGCCCUACGUUCCCAUGGAUAUCCUAAAGAAGCUCUUCGAUUAGCAGUGGCAAUCAUCAACACACUCCGUCUACAACAGCAACGACAGCUAGAAAUAUAUAAACAUCAAAAGAAAGAAUUAUUACACAGAGGGGUAACUACAAUUACAAAUUUGGAAGGGUGGGUGGGUCAUCCUUUGGACCCAAUUGGGUGUCUGUUCAUCACACUAACUGAAGCUUGUCGAUUAGAGGAUGAGAGUUGUAUGGAUACAGCAGAUUCUAGCAAUGAUCUGAAGCCUGCUACCUACCAACAUGUGGCUGUGUCUGGCUGCCUUGAUAGCAGUGAAUCCUACCUUACGCUGGCCAUGGAGGUGGCAUUGAUGGGGAUGGGUCAGCAAAGAGUAAUGCCUGAGGGCCUCUAUGCACAAGACAAGGUCUGCCGCAAUGAGGAGCAAAUAAUCUUCAAACUACAGGAACUUGAAUUAGAUGAAAUGCUUGUACAAGUCCUACGCAAACAGUCUAUUAUUUUAUUAGAAGGAGGUCCUUUCAGCGGUCUGGGCGAAGUGAUUCACAGGGAAAGCGUGCCGAUGCAUACUUUUGCCAAGUAUCUGUUUUCAGCUUUACUAUCGCACGAUACUGACCUUGCAUACAAACUAGCUUUAAGAGCAAUGAGGUUACCUGUUCUGGAGUCGACAUCACAUGCUGGCGAUGUUUCUCAUCCUCACCACAUUGUUUCAGUUGUACCUAGUCGAUAUCCACGGUGGUUUACCCUAGGACACCUUGAGUCUCAACAAUGUGAGCUGGCCUCCACAAUGUUAACAGCUGCCAAAGGGGAUAUGCUGCGGUUGCGAACUGUCCUGGAAGCUAUUCGGAAGAACAUUCACUCCUCCUCUCUCAUAUUCAAACUGGCCCAGGAUGCAUUUAAAAUAGCAACACCAGCUGACAUUCCGCCAGAUAUUACACUUCUCAAUGUGGCUUUGGAACUUGGGUUGCAGGUGAUGCGAAUGACCUUGUCGACCCUGAAUUGGAGGCGCAGGGAAAUGGUGCGAUGGUUGGUGACCUGUGCUACAGAAGUUGGUGUGCGAGCUUUGGUCAGCAUCUUGCAGAGCUGGUACACCCUCUUCACCCCAACUGAAGCAACUAGCAUUGUGGCAGCCACAGUCACUUCACACAACACCAUUCUUCGACUCAACCUAGACUAUACACAACGGGAGGAGCUGGCGAGCUGUGCACGGACCCUUGCUCUUCAGUGUGCCAUGAAGGACCCCCAGAACUGUGCACUGUCUGCAUUAACGCUGUGUGAAAAAGACCAUAUUGCCUUUGAGACAGCCUACCAAAUUGUUAUUGAUGCAGCUUCUACGGGUAUGACCUAUUCCCAGUUGUUUACCAUAGCUCGGUAUAUGGAGCACAGAGGGUACCCAUUGCGGGCCUUCAAACUUGCAAGCCUCGCCAUGACACACCUCAAUUUAGCCUACAACCAGGACACCCACCCUGCUAUUAAUGACGUUCUUUGGGCCUGUGCGUUGAGUCAUUCCUUGGGAAAAAAUGAACUGGCUGCCAUUAUCCCUCUGGUUGUUAAGAGCGUACAGUGUGCCACAGUGUUAUCGGACAUCUUGCGCAGGUGCACGAUGACAGCCCCUGGACUGGCAGGCAUCCCCGGGCGGCGAAACUCUGGGAAACUGAUGUCGACUGACAAAGCCCCGCUGCGCCAGCUGCUGGAUGCCACAAUUGGUGCUUACAUCAACACCACUCACUCUCGUUUAACUCACAUCAGCCCUCGCCAUUACGGGGAGUUUAUUGAAUUUCUUAGCAAAGCCAGAGAGACGUUUCUGAUGGCACAGGAUGGACAUAUACAAUUUGCGCAGUUCAUAGAUAAUCUGAAACAGAUUUAUAAGGGAAAGAAAAAGCUAAUGAUGCUUGUCCGAGAACGCUUUGGCUGAUGCACUAUUUAUAAACUUCUUUGGGUUUUGUUUUGUUCAACUGUGAUCUUGUCUCAUAGGAGUGGUACUCAGUGUCUUGGCACAACCAAUGGAGCCAGUUAGUAUUUAUUCAAGCAUUAAUCAAUUUAUACAUCUUUCACUGAUUUCAGUAGCCACAGAAAUAGUUGUUCUCGCACAUGAAACUCAAGGAUUAUGGAAAACAAUGUUAUACAAAGUCUCUUACACUUUAUUGGUGUACCCAUUAUACCAAAUUCUGGUUCACAAGAAAAAUACCUCUAUCUCUCACUUCUUUUUCUCUCGGUCUUUCUGAUUAUUUCUGACUUGCUGUCUCCCAUAGUCAGCUUUAAUCUCCAUAUGUUGCCAGGUUUCAAAGCAAAAGAAAGAGUACACGUUUUAAAAUGUACAAGCAAAUCAACGCUAAACCUCUCGCACCACCAAAACAGUUUAGUGAGAUGGCUUACUAACGUGACCACAUGCCAUGUGUUUGUGUGUGUGUGAAGGUACUUAAAGAAGAGACCAUUCUCAGGGAUGCUGAAACAAAAGUAGCAAAAGCAUUUAUUGAAAACUGUAAAUAUUAUAUUAUAUGUGUCAAUUAUUGAAAGAAUUGUAAAGUAUAUUAAUUUAUAAUUAAUAUUCUAUGUCAUUAAUGGGAUACUUGAAAUUCACUGUGGGCUGGAAAUGUUUUAACAGGAGGGAGACUGCAGAGCACAUUUCUCAGGUUACCCCAACCCCCAUGCAUUGUGUGUUCGUAUGCGAAUGAGUGAAGGAGUUGGCAUCACUAUGCAGAGCUACUUGCAUACUGUCCCUUGGGUCUGAAGUAGUUCCCACGGGUGAAUUGGGGUUAAUUUUUUUUAAAAUCAGUUUUAUUUUGAAGUGUGGAUAGAUGAGUACAAAUGGAAGGAAAAGAUUGGUUUUGGUACUUUAUGGAAGUACACACUGGUAUUAAUUAACCUGCCUCUUGUACCUCUUUCGGGACAGUAUUUUGUGGUUCGAACAAUUAUUUAAAAAGAAGAAAUGUUGUGGGUGUCUGAAGUGAAUGAACUGGUAGCACUCAGCUUCCUUUGUUAAAUCUUGACUGUGCAACCUAUUGUCAUUAAAAGAAGUCAUAUUUCUUAAUAACACCUCUACCAUGUUCUUAAACCACAGAUUAAAUAAUUCAUUAAAAUGUUAUUUUAAAAAGAAGUUUCAAAUUAAAAAGCUGUUGCCUUUCCAAUGUCAUUCAUUCAAGAUUUUUUUUUCUCUUCUGUUACGUUCCGGUGUCCAAUAUUUUAGUUUUUUACACAAGCUGCUUUCUGUGAAUGGUUUUGGAAAAAAAAAUGUAAAUCUUGUUGGUCCGGUUGCGUUGCAAAAAGAAAACUUCUUUUGAAUGUCUUUGUGUUAACUGUACCAGUGUCCGUUUGUCAUAGUUUUAGGGGAAAAAAUGCGCUGAUAGAGAACGUUGACUAGAUGUACCUACUGUUGAGAUAUGAAAAAAUGUGUUUAGUAAAUGUUGCCUCUCUCUGCGCUACUGAAAGCUUAAUUCAGUAUUUGUUGCCACAAAAGUAUCUACUUUCAUCAACAGUUCACUUUUUGUGUAACCUCUUGAUCGGAUGUUUAAAAAAGACAAAAAAAUACAAAAUUUAAUACUAUUUAUGUAAUGCUACUAUCAUUUUAUAUAACUGUGUCAAAAA